ACCAACACCCCGACCUUCCGGAACCGCUUCGUCGCCUCUGUAAUCUCCUACCUGCUCACAAUCCUCCCAUCCGGCCUCGCCACCCUGGCCCUGACCUAUCUCUUCGCCCCGGACCUCCUCGUCUGCCAGCUCAACAACCAAUGGCAAUCCUACUACCACAACAAGGAUUCGCGCGCCAUACGCGCCAUCCAGGAUAGCUUGCAUUGCUGUGGAUUCCGGAGUGUCAAGGACAGGGCAUGGCCGUUCAAGGACAAAGACCACGGCGACGAUGCCUGUGUGCGACAGAUCGGGUAUGAUAGAGCUUGUUUGGGGCCGUGGGAGCGGGAGGAUAAGAGCGCUGCGUGGAUGGUGUUCUGGGCUGCGGUUUUGGUUUUGGUUGUUAAGAUUGCGAGCUCGCAGCUGAAUCGCGGCCCGAGUUGGAUGCGGAGGGCGGAUGCGAGUCGCUUUAUUAGGAUUGCUGGUGCAGAGGACCAGGAGGAGGGUGAGGCGCAUACAGGGGAGAAUGGAAACGUGGGUGAUGAUCGGCCUACUCAUCAGUUGCCGCAGCCGGGUCAGUCGACGCAUGAUGUUUGGAGAUGA